AUGAGCAAAGAACCUGAUAGCCAAGCAAUUCUGGCACGGCUAGAUGAAUCUCUUAAUGAUGGUAAGUUCUUUGAAGAGUUUAAUAAGGCAGUAGUCAAUACUUUCUUAAGAAAUAAUGAAAUUACAAUUGAGCAAGCAACGACAUUAAUAUCGGAAGCCAAGUACAAAUAUGCAUCAAAGGAUUCUUUCCGCCUUUUCCAAUCUGUCAGAAUUAAAGAUCUCGAAUCCAUCGAUAAACUCAUUACUUUCCUUUCAACCUUGAAAGAAACACUCAAAUCACCAUUCUUUGACAUGAUAUCAGAUGUUAUACACAAACAAGAAGCAGAGAAAAACAAACUAAACGAAGAAAUUGAAAAUCUCAAAGAGCAGAUUGCGCAAACCCAAAAUUCAGACGAAAAACCAGUUAUUAUUCUGAAGGACAAAACAGAUUUUACAAGAGUCUAUAAUUUGCUCGGUAAAGUUGCCAAUAGCGGCGAUGAAGAGUCAAUUCAGUUUUUAAACAAGUAUGGAUUCACAGAUGUCAAGAAUUCUCAAAACGAAUCAUUACUAGUCACAGCUUGCCAAAAGGGCGAUACAAAAUUAGUUCAAUUUUUGAUAGAAAACGGAUCAGAUCGUCAUGUCACCGAUAAAGAUGGGAAUAACAUACUUAUCGUUGCUACAAAGAACUCAAGAACAGAAACCAUCAACUAUUUACUCAGUAUCGGCUUUGAUCCUUCGAUCACAUCACAAAAUGGCGAAAAAGCUAUCACAAUUGCCACAAAUAACAAACAAUACGAUAUCGUAGAAUUACUAUUCGAUCAUGGAAUCAGAUACGAGUCUAAAGAUGAAAUCAACGAGAAUGCUGUUUUUGGAUUUACAAAUCUUGGCAAAUUAAAAAUUUUACAGCAUCUUUCAGACCUAGGUGUCAACUUUUUAGUCAAAGAUGACAAAGAGAGAACUCCUUUGUUCUAUUCCAUUAAAAAAGGCUACGAAGACGUCACUUAA